AUGCUUUACUUUCACCGCUUCUCAAUUUUCGAUGAUCCUGAUUUUUCUAAUAGAGAUAACAAGAUAAAAAUAUUAGAAGUACAGCAUUCCUUGCAAGAUACCAAAAAAACAAUGGCAGAAAUGCAGCAAUCACUUGAUCAACAAAACAAAAAAUCUUCUGGUUUUCAAACAGCUAUAGAGAAGAAUAAGAAAAGAAUAUCAGAAAUGCUUAUCGAGAAAAAUAUAACUACGUCCUUAUAUUGGAGAUAUGGAAUAAUAUCAAUCAUCUUUUGUUUGAUUAUUGGCCUGUGCUUUCAUAUUUAA